AUGCCUCGUAUCAAAGCCCCCUCAAAUCUCCCUGAGCUUGUCAAAUCCACUUUCACAAGAGCUCGCUCAGAGGGUGAUUUGCAUUAUUUCCCCACUCAAGUCGCCAUCCUCAAUGUUGAUUCCAUCCCCUUCCAACUUCGCUUCUCGCCUUCCCUGGCAAACAAACCAAAACCGCCGCCCAAGGACCUCACCCAGCCUCAAAAGCCCUUUGACCCUUUUGAGAACCCACUUCCCGCUCUCAAGGUCACAGAUCUUGGACCUUCCCACUAUCUUGUGCUGAAUAAGUUUGCUGUUGUUCCUGAGCACUUCAUUCUUGCUACGACAGAGUUCAAGCCCCAAACUCAUGUCCUCGAAGAGUCUGACCUUGAGGCCACACUCGCCUGCAUUGAGGCAUAUGAAGCUGCCAGAAGAACCCAGGCAGAGCAAGGCCACCGUGAUGGCACACUCGGCGGAGGUGAUGGCCUCUUUGCGUUUUUCAACUGCGGUGACCACUCCGGUGCCAGCCAACCUCAUCGUCACAUCCAACUCCUACCCAUUGCCAGAAUGAAAGAUGGCUUCGAGGCUGACACCCCUUGGUCUGUUCUCGCCGAUGAGCUCAAAACCAAGAUUGCUCCCUUUGCUACCUUUGCCGAAGACAUCAAGCUUGGCAUGUCUGGUGCGGAGUUGCACUCCACUUAUCUCCGACUCUACCGCAAAGCCUGCCGGGCUGUUGCUGUUUACACAAAAGAUCCCCUUCACACUGAAGAAGCACCAGCUGAGGGUCCCACAAGAAUCAGUUACAACAUGGCCAUGACCAAAGGCACACUUGUUGUCUGCCCCCGCCUGGCAGAGGGCCUUAAGCUCCAAAGCCAGGACGGUGAUAUACUUGGUACCGUCGCUCUCAACGGCACCCUUCUUGCCGGUACAGCACUGGUCAAGAACGAGUUGGAGUGGGAAACUCUAAAGAAAGAUCCCGAGAUGUUACGCAAUGUUCUUCGAGACAUCGGUGUGCCAACCACAUUUGAUAAUGGUGGAGAACUUCGCUUGUAG